AUGCAAGAAGCGUAUAUGAAGGAUGUUGAAAGAGCAUUUGGAAUACUACAGGCUCGAUGGGUUAUUGUUCAGGGCCCUGCACGUAUGUGGUGCAAGGAUAACCUCCACUCAAUCAUGAUGACGUGUAUAAUUUUGCACAACAUGAGUGUGGAGGAUGAGUACGAAUAUGUUGAAAAGGAAUCUGAUGAUGAGAAUAUGUGUCCACAAUGA